UUUACCUAAGGAUUGGCCUAGUAAUUGUCCCAGUAGAUCUCUUCAUUCCUUGACGCUCGUUUCUUGCGCUUGAGGGUUGAAUUUGCCACCUGGGCAAUAUAGGGCACGGCACUCUUGGCUAGCAUAGUCACCUACUUGCCCCCUGCAACCGAUAGAGUAUCAAGCCCGACAUAGUUCAAUAUGACGAUGCAAGAAACAUUGCGAGAGCAAGUUGGCGCAGAGCUUGCCCAAGAGCGCUACGAGUGUGCAGUCUGCUAUGUUAUUAUCAAAAGAUCUGCUCAAAUAUGGUCUUGCAAGACGUGCUGGAGAGUGCUGCAUUUGCACUGCGUUAAGAAAUGGGCAAAAGCAUCUUCCGCGAAUUGUUCAGGUCGACAACCAGAUCUAGAUGUCCUGUGGCGAUGUCCCAGUUGCCAGAUGUCCCAGAAUACGAGUGCGUUGCAAUACCGAUGCUUCUGUGAGAAGAAAGUUUCUCCUGAAGUAAACAAUUAUCUCAUUCCGCACAGUUGCGGUGAUACAUGUUCACGGACUCGUCUCCAUUGUCCGCAUCCCUGCACAUCUCCUUGUCAUCCAGGACCUUGUCCACCUUGUGAUCGUCUGGGCUCGCCAGUUUCCUGUUAUUGCGGAAAAGCAAAAUACUCUGUGCGCUGCAAUGACCUUCGUAACCAGAGCUCUUGUGGUCAACAAUGCGGUGGCUCUUUGCUAUGUGGGGCUCACAAGUGCCGUUUGACGUGCCAUGAAGGCCCAUGUCCACCGUGCGAAUCUGUUGAGAUUCAAAGAUGUUAUUGCGGGUCCGAAAUACGGGAGACGUUGUGCGGUGAAGGGAUUCCAUUUGUUUAUGCAGAUCGCGAUACCGGGGUUGAGGAUAUCCGGCACUUCUCAUGUGGUCGUCCCUGCCAUUUCACGUUCUCAUGUGGAAUUCAUCGGUGUGAGCAAAAUUGUCAUCCAUUCUCCGAACAUCCAUCGCCGUGCCCGCUAGAUCCCACUGUUAUGUUUGCGUGUGCUUGUGGAAAGAUAAAACGGAAUGCACUGUCGAUACAGAGCAGGACACAUUGCUCAGAUCCACCACUAACUUGCGAAUCAGCAUGCCAAAAAUUGCUGACAUGCGGCCAUGUGUGUAAUCGACGUUGCCAUGCGGAUCCAUGUGAAUCAGUUUUGUGCCCCAAGACAACCAUACUCAAAUGCCGAUGUGGGUCGACAACGCACUGUGUGCCUUGCUGGAAGGUUAAGCAUAUGACCACUGAGAUCCGGUGCGAUAAGCCAUGUCACCAACGACUUUCCUGCAAACGACAUGAAUGCACUAUGCGAUGUUGUCCAGCGUCCGAUGCGGCAGAUUCAAAUGGCGACCAUGUGUGCCUAAAAGCUUGCGGUCGACCUUUGAAGUGCGGAAUUCACAAAUGCCAGGCGCUCUGUCAUCGAGGAAAGUGCCCACCUUGCCCAGAAGCAUCGUUUAAUGACGUGGCAUGCCAUUGUGGACGGACAGUCCUGCGCGCACCAAUACCAUGUAAUACAAAGCCCCCGGAAUGUUCACAUCCAUGCAUUAGGCAGCCAGCAUGUGGACAUGCAGCCAUUCCUCACCCUUGCCAUCUUGAUGACGUUCCGUGUCCUCCAUGCCCUCACCUUGUUUCCCGCCCAUGCAAGUGCGGCAAAUCUUUAAUGCGACACACGCCAUGCCACCGCACCGCACCCCAAGCAUGUGCUGAACUCUGUGGGAAGGUGCUGCGAACGUGUGAACAUCAAUGUGCAAGGACCUGCCACGAUGACGAUUGUUUGGCUGAGGGUGAGGUGUGUCGACAGCGGUGCAAACUUCAAAGAAAGUGUGGACAUGUAUGUGAUUUGCCUUGCAAUGGGACGCCAUGCGAUCAUGGAACUGGUUGUGGCAUUAAGGUCCGCCGUGUAUGCUCAUGUGGUUGCCGAAGCGAAGAGAUGAGCUGUGACCUACUCCCAGUAGCAACGGCCGCGCCAGGUUGUGCUGAUGGUUUACACGAACCUACGCACGGCUUCCUUCCCUGUAAUGACACCUGUGCCCAGAGUGCUUCAAUUGAGCCAGAGAGCAUCACUCCGUAUCCCCUCACUCUACUCGAUUUUGCCGAUUCUAAUCUGGCAUUCGUAAAAAGCGUGGAAAGAGCCCUGGAGAGACUCUUUAAGGAAGGGAAACGAUCGCAUUACUUUUCUCCUAUGCGACGUGAUGCCCGAGCAUUUGUGCAUGAGCUUUGUCAGAAUUUCUACGGCCUCUCCACUCAGAGCGUAGAUAGAGAGCCAUUCAGGAGUGUCCGUGUGCAAAUGUUGGAUGUGGCUGUUGUACCAAGAAUCCCAAUAUCCGAGGUCGUCACGAGGAGGCAGCAAGGGGAUCCCCUUACCUCUCAAUUGAUUGCCGUUCGACAAAGUGGGCCCCUAAUACCAGUGAGUGACUCGGACGACGAUUGCACGACCAUUAUUUCCAAAUCAGCGGGCGUGAUUUUGAGGAGAGCCGUAGAUAGCGGUACAGAGCAGCAGGUCUCCGAGCUGGCCUCGGGUACAGUGAUACAGGACGGAUCUCCAUUACCUGAUGCGCCAUUGAAUAGCACACCCAAACAAAAACGUAAAGCACGUAAGCGAGCGCCAUCCCGAGCUCGUAUUUCUAGAGAUGCUAAUGUAUCGACCUCAAAUGGGUUCGGUCUACUUGACUUGUUGGGUGAGGAGGAUGGGUGAGGUGGCACUUUUAUUGUUGAGAUUGCACGUAUUCUAUAUAUUUAAUUGCACCCACUUGAUCUGUUAUUAUGUGAACGAUAAUGAUUACAUGUAGCAUGUAAAUAUCUGUCGUAUAUUGUAUCUGG